AAGAAACUCCGUCUUUUUUUUUCUCCGGUGGUUUUUCCGAUUGCUUGGGAUCAAUGGGGGUGGUGAUCGAGAGCUCUGUUUGGGAACCGAGCUCAUCUUUGUUUGUCUUCUUCUUCGUCUUCACCUCCUUGUCGGUGCUUCUGUUGCCGUUCUACGCCAAGAGCAGAACAUUUGGAAGUUUUGAUCAUAGCGUUUCUUCUUCUUUCACUCGCUUCCAGAGAUGGUUUCUCUUCGUCUACGCUAUCUCUUCAGUUAUGGAAGGUCUAUGGUCGGUGUACGGAGAGUUCGAGUUAGCGUAUUAUGAAGAAACGAAGGAAGUCAUGGUUUUCUAUCUAUGCGUUGGAUACGCAGCCACUCUGAUUGUCGGUCCUUUACUUGGUGUGCUUUCUGAUCUCAUAGGUCAUCAGAAAAUCUGUCUGCUCUUUUGCAUCUUGCACUUUGGUGUUGGCGCAUGGAAGAGGAUUACCAGGAGCCCAAGUGCUGGGUCCUUGAAUGUUUGCUUAUCUCUUUCCGCCCUUAUAUUUUCUUUUGGGUUCGAAACAUGGAUGGUUGUGGAACAUGAAAAGCAAAGUCAAAGGAACAACACAUUGAAUGACACAUUCUGGUUGAUGACUUUCCUUGAAUCCGCUUCUUUAAUCGGAAGUCAAGUGCUGGCAAAUUGGCUCUCAGACAAUGAUAUUCGUCAUGGAUUAGCAUCUUCUGCUACGGUAUCCUUGUUCUUGUCUGUGGUGGUCAUUGUUUCUAUUUUCCGGACUGCAAAAGGGUCUUUGAAGACUUUGACAUUUAGGGAUUAUACCGCAGCAUCUUGCUUAUAUGUGCUUGGUGAUAAAAGAAUUUGGCUUCUUGGAACUUCACAAGCUUGCCUCCAGUUUGCCAUUGCAGUCUUUUGGAUUCUUUGGGCUCCAACAAUAGUGGCUGAUGGCCGAGAAGUGAAUCUAGGAUUGAUAUACCCAUGUCUGUUGGGUGCAAGGAUGCUCGGGAGUACAGUAUUCCCAUGGAUCCUUAGUGGACAGUCAUUGCUCAGAGUUGAAGACUUUUUGGUGUACAUCCUUUCCAUACUUGGGAUUGUGGUGUCUAUAGUAGCAUAUGAUUAUCAGGAAAUAUGGGUCUUACUUGUACUCUUCUGCUUAUUUCAUGGAGGUUCUGGACUGGUGCUGCCUUUGCUUGCAAGAUUAAGGACAAUGUAUGUGCCAAAUGAAUUGCGUGGAGGAAUGAUGAGCCUUUCUCAGGUCCCAGCCAAUGCAGCUGUUCUAUUUUGCUUGAUACAGAGAGGAUACCACAGAAUAGAGAAUUCCACCAUGAUGGCUUUAGGGGCCGUCUCCUUAUUCAUAGCAUCCGGAUGUAUAUAUUCACUCAGACGUUGGGGAAAGCCACCACACCAAGAUUGGCACAAAUUAUGAUAUCUGAAGAUUUAUGGUCUCUAAAGCUGGACUUUGCAUCUGACAGAAAGCGAUGGUCGACCAGAACAUGCAAACAGAUGAUGGAACUGACUUUGGAGACAGUCUUUGCUUGAUCAUGACGGUGUAACCAAGGAAUGGAGAUUCUACGAGACGACCUGUAACUGGCAAUCACCGUCUUUGCUGCAGUUCUUGUCUUCUCAGCAGUUAGGUUAAGGAGGGUAAAGGGGCAAUGGUGAAAACCAUUGCCAAAACCCUACCUCGAUGAUGAUUCUUGGAAAAAGCUUUGAACUUUUUGAGUUCCUGAGUAUUGAAAAUGGAAAAUGGAAAUUGUUAAGGCAGCCAAAGCUAAGCUUCUCUGAGAACAAUUGAGACAUUACAUGUACGGGUUUUUCACAAUUUGUUGCCAAUGCAUAA